CGAUAUGUGAUUGUCAAUUGCGCGCUAGUUAAAAAAAUAGUUUACCAUCGAAAUUAUCACUUUUGCGAAAAAAGUUGUUGUUACGUAUCUACACGUUGCAUCGACGUGUUAUUAGACUGUAAGUGUAAGUGACAUUAUUUGUGCUGGAUUCCUUAAAAAAGAACAUUGAAAGUGGCAGAUCGUUUACAAGAACAUUGCUAGUAAUUUUUAAUAAUUGUUAAGUUGGUUUUUUUGGUAGUUAAAGAAAGUUAAAUUAUUUUUUUGCUUUUGUUAAAAUUAUUAUUUAAUUUUUUGCCAAAAUCUGACACACGAAAAAUGUCAAUGAAUUGAUUGAGGUUUUAACGACAUAGCUAUUAUCGUUAUCAAGUUGGCCAAUCGUGAGUUAUACAGCAAAGGUGAGAAGGAACGAAAAAAUUGUUUGCGACCUUGGGCCCCACUUAGUUUAAUAUCCCACCACUGUGCUGUGGCUUCUUAAGCCCGAAAGGGGCGUGACGACGUCUUAUUUAGAUUACUUCACUCACCCUCGGAUUUUAAAAUUUGCCGUGCUGAUGUACAUUGCUGUUUUCCCGCGAUUGAAAGUUGUAAACAAAAAUGUGUGAAAAUUUCUUUACAUUUUUCUUAUUGUGUACAAUCGCGGUUGGAGUGUUAGGUAGAGACAUUGACGAGUUUUUAAGGGCCCAAUCACCGGUGUAUGGUAUAUCAUGGAUUUCCGAUAUCCAGGACUACAACACGUCCUGUGCCGACGACCUAAGGACUUUUUUGGAUGCUUUAGAUCAAAAACACGUAUGGGCAUUAAAAGCACUCGACGCAAGUGGAAAACCCGCAUCCAGUUUCCUAUGGGGAAACAAUCUCUGGAUUGGCUCCGAAACGGAGUGUUCCAAUAUCAUGAACAGAAAGCCAUUAGAAAUUAAUCACGAAAAAAUAGAACACUAUCAUCGCACGCCGUACGAUUUUCCCCCAUAUCCUUUAGAUUUUGUAUUGGUCAGAAUGGUGCACAAUAACAUUCUCCAAAGGCAUACCCAUAUGCCCCUGGAGAAAUUGAUACAAUUAGGGCUUUGUGUUCCAAAAUCGUGUGAUUCAGAAGAAAUAGCAAUCUUGAUGCGUGAAUAUUUAGAUUCCGGCUAUUUCAACUUCAAAAACUUCUACAAUGUAAGCAUGGAAAUAGAAGAAAUUAAUUCUGUUUGGGAGAGCGAUUUAGAAUGGUUGCUGUUACCUAAAACGAUCGUUUUUCUCUCAAUUUACUCACUCACGCUAUUACUAAUCAUUGUGGGAACUGUAUAUGAUGUAAAAGUAAUGCAACCGAGACUCAGAAAGAAAAAAGAAGAAAGUAAUUUCAUUAAAAAUGGUGUUUCAAAUGGGGUGUACACAGUUGGGAACGAAAAUGUGAUUCCCCGACAUUCAACGACUACAGACAUUGAAAAACAGGCCGUUUUUAAACCCAGCUUUUUGGAGCAGUUGUGCCAAUGUUUUUCGUUUUAUAAUAACAUAAAAUCAUUUCUAAAAACCAGAGCGGGAUACGACGCCAUUGGAAUGGUUCAUGGUUUCAGAUUGUUCUCCAUGUUAUGGGUUAUAGCGGUUCAUUCAAUGUUUUAUGAAAUUGACUUUUUCGAAAAUGUUCCCGAUGGAUUCAGAUUGUCAGAAUUUUUUCUAACUCAGCCGUUCAAUAAUUCUACAUAUUGUGUGGAUAGCUUUCUAUUCUUAAGUGGUUUUUUGUUGUCCUAUCUCUAUUUCAAAACUAAAAAAGGGAUAUUGGAGUCAAAGAAGCCUUUCAAUUUCACUGCUAAAGCUCUGGAAUUCAUCAGCCUCGUAAUGAAUAGAUUUCUAAGAUUAACACCUCCCUACAUGGUGGCACUGGUUACCGCUGAUGUCCUUUACACAUGGCUACGAAGACAUUCUGUAUUAUAUUCCAGUGAAAAGGUGGACGAAGUUUGUCCAAAGUAUUGGUGGAGGAAUCUCCUCUACAUCAACAACUUGUUCCCCAAUUCCGAACUAUGUUUAACAUGGUCGUGGUACUUAUCAGCAGAUAUGCAAUUCUUUUGUAUUGCAACACUGAUAUUAAUUAUUUGCACUGUUAAUUUCAAGGUUGCAGCCACAAUUACAAUAGCUUUAUUAUUCACGGGGAUGUUUUCACUCGGAAUUGCUUCAUAUCAAUUUGGAUACGUGCCAACUAUGGAUGAACAAUUAAUAAGUUUGGACGCCAUAUACCAUUUACCAUGGCAAAGGAUAGGCCCCUAUAUCGUCGGUUUCAUAACUGGCUACAUAUUGGUUGUAAAACUUGACAUGAAACUCAAGAUCAGUAAGAGAACUAAAACAAUUUGUUGGAUUAUAUUUCCCUGUAUUAAUUUGUACAUAAUCUUUGGGAUUUGGGGACGAAAUCUUUCUGUGGAAUACGCGGCCUUUUUUAUGGGAUUUUCACGGACGUUUUGGGGUGUUGGUUUAGCCUGGUUGUUUAUUGCAUGCUGCACAAAUCAUGGAGGAACAGUAGACAAAUUCUUAUCAUUUCGAGGAUGGGUUCCACUAAGUAAAUUAACCUACAGCGCGUAUUUAAUAAAUCCCCUCAUUAUGACCAUGUUUUAUGGUACUACGGGUAGUAGUCAACACGUUUCCCUCUCCGGAAUGUUGUUUGACGUUUGUGCUACUUGGUUGUGCACAUUUUUCUUGUCUCUCUGGUUUUCCAUGCUUUUUGAAUCGCCGUACAUAUCGCUGACAAAAUUAGUUCUACAAAGGUCUGUGAGGAAACGACCGACAACAACAGAAGAAAACAAAAACUAACAAUGAACAUGGGUGUAUACCGUGUUAUUGUUUAGUUUAUAUCUUCUUUACUUUUACAAUUAAGUAGGCAAUUGAUGUAUAAGUUUGUAAAUAUAAUACAAUUUCAUUCUGUGAUCGCUGUAGCUUUUAAGAUUUGUAAACACUGGUUUAGUAUUUACACAAAUACAAAAUAGAAUUAAAAUAAAAAUUGUGCUUUGUU